UUAAUCACUCUCGCUCUGUGGGUAAAGUUUCUUUUAUUUUCCUCAGUUUCUGCAACUCUCUGUAAGGCUUUCAUCACUCUUCACUUUUCUUUUUAGUUGUUUUCUCUGAAAAUCUAGGGUUUACUCGUCCGCUUAACGCGUCUUUGAUUUUUUAUUUACAUUCGUUUAUCCAUCUGUGAAUUUGCAACUCCUGAGGACGUUUUGGUCUCUGAUUGUAGUGAUUUCUCGAAGUUAUUUUUGAGAUUUUGUUUUUGGUGUUUCUGAUGGUUUUGAUGGAGAAGGGUUAGGGUUUGAGAGUGAUGAGAGAUGGAAAAUUCUUGGCAGAUGAAAUGUGGUUCGGCGAAUCAAUCAAUGGCUUCGUCAACCUCGCAUGAGCUUCGGAAUCAGGUCAAAUGAGGGACUGCGCACUAAUUCGAAGUCAGGGAAGAUGGAGAUGGUUUCUGGCCACUGCUUUUAUCCUCCUGUUGCACCAGAUUUGAGAUCAACUAUGAAUGGACGGGUGCAAGAUUCCAUGUAUCCCAACAUUCGGAACGUAAGUUCCCGCAGACUGGGCAAUGCUGAACUGGGAAAUUCAUUUCUUGCUCUCCUUUCAGGACCGCCGUCAAUGUUGCAGUGUGAUCCUCAGGAACUUCCUAAUCUAAAUGCAUUCAGUUCCUCUUCUAGUAAACUUCCCAUUGACGGUGGUGGUGUACCCAAUAUUGCUAUUGGAACUGGAGUACCACCACCAACAACUGGGCUGUUGUGUGAACAUCAGAUUAAUCGAAACAUGCAAAAUGGGGCAAAUAUUUGCUCCUCAUCCAGAGCCGCGGUAAAUUCCAGUUAUAGUAGCAAAUCAAUUCUGCAUGAUGGUCUUCAAACUGCAAACUUAGGUCUGCCGGGUUCAGACCUGGCUAAUGCUGUUAUUCAUCAGUUGGUUCCAAGUAAUGAGAAAGCAAAGGAUUUUUCUUCUGUGAAAGGGAAAUGGAAAAGUGCAAGCUCUGUAAAUGUUGGGAAGCUUUGUAGCUCAAAUAUUCCAAUAUCACAAAAAGGGCCACUAGAAGCACUCUCUUCUGUGUCUAGCCAGUCAUCUGUUUGUACAAGUGGGUGUCCCCGUGUAAUUUGCUUGGGUGCAAGUGGGGAUCUGCUUCUCAGCAAUACAGGACUUGUUGGUAUUGUUUGCUCCUGCCAUCGUUUUCACAUGUCUGUUGCUAAAUUUUGUGAGCAUUUAGGACUGCGUGUUGUCAACCCUGGGGAUGCUGUUCAUAUGGAGAGUGGAGAGACCCUUACUCGGUGGCGUAAGCACUACUUCCAGAAGUUUGGGAUCAGGGUUCCAGAUGAUCAGAGUGGAUGGGACUGGCCUGAAGCAUUAUCAGCAACUGCUGGUUUGGUGAAAUCUAGUGUGGUUGUGCCGAGCGUGCCCAACAAUUCUGACUUGGCUAAACUGGUUGGUUCAUCUGGAAGUGUGUCUGGACAGCGUUUAGACAAUGUUGCAUUUCACCCUCAUACAGACCAGAAUUCAAUGAUUCAUAUGUUGCAUGAGAAAGAACAGAGAUAUGGUCAGGGUGAUAAUAAUCAUCUUCCCAAGGGCUUGAUUAAUACUCUGCAAGGCAAAUUGCAAGCUGUGGCAGAUAACCAGAAAAUGGAGUGCCCUAUAUCUCGGUGUUCAACAUCAUCAAAGUUUGUGGAUAGAGGACCAGAUAGUGGCUUACAAUCAAUAUCUGCUUACAUUGAUUCUCUUGUCAUGUCCAGAAACGCAUCCUUCACCAACCCUAUUUCACAGAAUUCAAGAAUCUUAGGUAAAAGUUAUGAUGUCAGCAAAAUUAAAAAUUCUUGUGAUGGGGUUACUGCAGAUAAGGUUGCUGUUUCUUCAAACAUUGAGCUGAGGCUUGGCCAACCAUAUCAACAAAGUCAGUCUCCAGGAAAUUCUGUUACACCAGUAUUUGUACCAAAGUCAUUAGACACUCUAUUGGGUCCGCCAAAGUCUCUUUUCAGGGAGCAGAUGAUUCAUAAUGCUGGUAAUUGCGGGGAAAAGGUGGAAUCCAGACAAUAUUAUCAGUGCUCGGCUGGCCCUUCAAGUUUUUCUCCAAGAAGAGAACAAAGCCAAUUGAACCUAGGAAACCAUGCAUUUGGAAUAUCUAAUGUCAUUGAUACUACCACUAAGCUAGAAAAUGCUGAAGGCAACAUGAAUAAAAGUUCUGUGGUUCCAUUAGUUGCACACUUUAAUGCCCCACCAGAGAGAAAUGAAAACUCUAAAGCGAAUUAUAACAUGGUCAUUAGUGAUCAUAUCAUGCCUAAGCCACCAAAUUAUGAAUCUCAUACUGCCAUAUCUAACCCAGUUAGUGUUCCAUGGAGUGUUGGUAAUGGUUUAGAAAGGCAAUUGAACCUUUCUGAAAUGGAUUUCUCAAAACUUAAGGACAAGGGUAAAGGGACUGGAUGUCUUAUUGAUGGCUCUUAUGCCAUGACAGAUAAAGAAUUGAAAAUCCAAAAACAUUUGAAGAAUCCUACCACCUUCACCGGAGCUGUGAGUGAAAGCGGCAAUCCCUGUUUUUCUGCAGUACAUGAAAAGAGCCAUUUUUUGCAUCAGUCAUCAGGGGUGCCACCAGAUGCGUUUGAUGCUAGAAACCUUCUUAACCAUCCUGAGAAGGUACCUUUUCUUGGGAGUAGUGGGCAUGUAAACCAUGUUUUUCUGAGGCCUAUGGCCCCACCCAUCGGUUCUGGGCAAAUUUUGCAAUCACAAGCUAUCUCAAUGGCAUUUCCUUCAGCUACUUCAACCUCCAUACCAGGGAUGACUCCAACUGUCUCAAAAUUGGAGGGCAUCAACAUAAACCCUUAUUUGCUUGAUGAAAAUAUGAGAUUGCUUGCUUUGAGACAGGUGUUGGAGUUAUCCAAGCAGCAACAUACUUCCCUUGCCAUGGACUUGGAUAAAGGGAGAGUAGGGAAUCUUUCUAAUUUCAACGCACAACACCCAUUUGUUGAGUCUACAUUUGGGGAACAAAGACUUGGUCCAAAUAUUACCAGUCCACAGCAUGUUUCUGGAGUUGCCAUGGUUUCACCCUCAUCUGGUGCUUAUACUAGGUUGGGUGUUAAUGUUGAAAGAACAGCCCCUGUGACAGAUUUGAACAACUUUUUUGACUUCUCAACUUCGACUCAAGGGAAUCCAUUGCUUUCCAGAGAGGUUGAUCUGCAGUGCCAAUUUUCUCAUGAUUGUCUUCCAAAUAAGCAGCUUUCUUUGAGAGGUAAAAUUGAUACUGCCUCAAGUGAACGUCCACAAUGCUACCAGAGAGUGCCUUGUGCAUAUUUUCAAGGCCAGUGUGGCUGUGCAACUUACACAAAGUGUUCGGGAGGAAACUGUGAGUCAAGGGUUGGAAGCUCUACAGAUACCUUCAAGGAUCAGUUGGGGAAUGUCAAUGGUGAAACCUCAAUGCUAGCUGCUUCAGAACAUGUUAAAGACGACGUUGGUCCAAACAGAAAUAUUAUUCCCUUGGGCCAACAAGGAAAAUCAAAGGGUCCACUACCUAAGACCAUUGUCUGUCAUAGUUCUCAGUGGAGAGAUGUCCCCAGCAAAUUUAAAGGGGUCUCCGUUGUGACAGGUUUAGAGCGUUCAGCAGAUGAGUUGGAUGGGAGGGGACACAUGGAGGGUCAGCUUGGACAUGCUACUGCUAAAUGCUCUUAUGGAACCAUGAAGAUACAGGACUCCUUGAAAGAGCAAGAAAUGUCUAAUGUUUCCUCCGGAUGUUCUGCUGCUGCUGUUACUCAGGCAUCAAUUCAGAUCAACAAUAUGGAUUCUCCAACUGUUGAUGCUGGGAAUACUAGGUAUGUAAAUAAUCAUUUGGUCGAUGAAGGAUCAGGCAUUGACAAAUGCUGGUCGUCAGAUGAUGCCCUUGAAAGUGAAAGAAGUGCUGAGUUCCUUGGCUCUAAUAGUAAGACUAACUUCAGUAAAGAAGGAUCGUCCAAAGUUUUAAAUAAUCAAUCAUCGCGUAGUCUUCUUGACGAGCUUAAGCUCUUAGAUGCCUUGACAUGGAAGAAAAACUGGAAUCAAUUCCAUACAAGGCUUUCCUUUCAUGGAAAAGUCGAUUUGAAAAAAAGUGAGAGAGGCUUUAAAACUGGGAAGAGAAAGAAAACAAGGAAAUUCAGGAUGCUGGAGGCACCAUUUCUCACUGCUGGUACUUCAGUAGUACACCAUGAACAUCCUAAAGGUACCGACACCUUUGAGCCUGGCUUAUCCAAAGAUGUGGAAAUGCUUCAUCCAUCUGUGCAAGAAACUUAUAGGUCUGGUUCUUGUUCUCUUGGACCUGGUUCUAAAUUUGGAAGGUCUACAUUGUCUUCAUCCAAAGAACUGUCUCGUAAAAGAGAUCUACAAAUGGUUUAUGAUCAUAGAGAUGGGGAAGAUGAUUAUCAGAUGGAACUAAACAGCAACUCUAACCUUGGAAAAAUCCAUGAUCUUUCAGGCACAAAGAAAUUAAAAAGGGGUUGGACUUCUGAUUGUCUUAGGAAGUCUCAGAUGGAAGAACAAACACAUGUAAACUCUAAGAAUACCGUAAGGUGCAAGUCAUUUGGCUUUAUGAAGGUUUCCUCUCUUAGGAAAACAAGGCCUGUAGUUUGUGGGAAGUAUGGUGAAAUAUCUAGUGGAGAACAUACUGGAGAUGCAUCAUGGCGAGUAAAACUUGUUCCUCUAAGUAAGGUUCUCAAAACUGCUAGAAAAUGUUCACUCCCUGAAAAUUGCAAACCCAAAGUAACUUACCCGAAGGAAUUGAAGAAGGCACAGUUCUGUGGAAGUGAUGCAGAUUUGAAGAAAGAGGAAGAAAGUGGAAUCCAUCAUGCUUCAAUUUGUAAUGAAAUGAACAUUGACCCUUCCGUGGAAGGUGACAAGAUUCGCCCUAAUGGGAACAAGCUGUUUGUUGAUGAGAAAUCCACUUCAGAGGAAGAGUGUGAUAAUGAAGGCAAGAAAAAGUGCAGGACUUUGAACUCUAGUGGUCAUGCUAAAUUGAAGCCUAAGAGUAAGGAAAUUCGCAAGCGCAGUCUUUUAGAACUAACAAAGAAAGGAAGAAAAUUCAGUUCUGAAAGUUUUGCCCCUAUGAAGAGCUCAAAAAGCAUGUCAAAAAUGAAAAUGGGGAAAAUUCUAAAGAAUGUCGAGGGUAAUAAGCAUCAUAUUGGUGGAUCAUGCAAAGUUGGUGUUGAAAAAUUUAAUCAGGAGCACAAGUUUUUGUCUGCUAUGGAUUUAGAAGCAUUCUGCUGUGUGUGUGGAGGCUCAAACAAAGAUGAAAUCAAUUGCUUAUUGGAAUGCAGUCGAUGUUUCAUCAAAGUGCAUCAGGCUUGCUAUGGUGUUUCCAGAGUACCUAAAGGUCACUGGUAUUGCAGACCAUGCAGAACCAGUUCUAAAGAUAUUGUUUGUGUUCUCUGUGGUUAUAGCGGUGGGGCUAUGACUCAGGCACUUCGAAGUCGCACAAUUGUCAAAAGCCUUUUGAAAGCUUGGAAUAUUGAAACAGAAUGCAGGCCCAAGAAUGCUGUAUCUUCAGAUGAAAUUGUGGAGGAUGAUCUGAAUGUGAUGCGUUCACCUGAAGCUAUACUCGAAGGCAAUAACUUUCCAGUGUUAAGACCUGUAAAUAUUGAGCCAUCAAGUACUGCUUUGUGGAAAGUGGAUUCACCAAGCCAGUUGGAUAAUAUUCAGAAUUCCUCGUGCUGUGUGCAUAACAGCAUUACUGCUGGGGUACUUGAUUCAACUGUUAAGCAGUGGGUUCAUAUGGUCUGUGGGCUCUGGACACCUGGAACACGAUGUCCAAAUGUUGACACCAUGAGUGCCUUUGAUGUUUCUGGGGCUUCACGUCCCAAAGCAAAUGUGGUCUGCUCUAUGUGUAAUCGACCUGGCGGCUCAUGCAUACAGUGCAGGGUUGUAAAUUGCUCUGUUCAGUUUCAUCCCUGGUGUGCUCACCGGAAGGGUCUCUUGCAAAGUGAAGUUGAGGGGGUUGAGAAUGAAAAUGUUGGUUUUUAUGGAAGAUGUGUGCUCCAUGCAACUCACCCCUUGUGUGAAUCUCAUAGUGAUCCCAUUGACAAUGAGCUGGAUUGUUCGGGAGAGAAGGAAUUAACCUGUGCUAGGACAGAGGGUUACAAGGGUCGAAAACGGGAUGGCUUUUGGUAUAACCUUUAUGGUUGGUCAAGAGGAAAAAGUGGACUUGUUCCUCAGGAGCAGUUAAAUGCUUGGAUUCACAUUAAUGGUCAGAAGUCAAGUGCGCAGGUGUUUCCAAAGCUGCCUAUUGAGUAUGAUUGUCGGAAAGAAUAUGCUCGCCACAAGCAAGCAAAGGGUUGGAAACAUUUGGUAGUUUACAAGUCUGGUAUUCAUGCCCUUGGUCUUUACACAUCUCGGUUCAUUUCCCGUGGUGAAAUGGUGGUUGAAUAUGUUGGUGAGAUCGUGGGGCUACGUGUGGCUGAUAAAAGGGAAAACGAGUAUGACUCAGGAAGAAAGCUUCAGUACAAGAGUGCUUGUUAUUUCUUCAGGAUUGAUAAAGAACAUAUUAUUGAUGCAACAUGCAAGGGGGGGAUUGCUCGUUUUGUCAAUCAUUCGUGCCUGCCAAAUUGCGUGGCCAAAGUGAUCUCCGUAAGGAAUGAUAAAAAGGUUGUCUUUUUUGCUGAGAGAGAUAUUUAUCCAGGUGAAGAGAUAACAUAUGACUAUCAUUUUAACCAUGAAGAUGAAGGGAAGAAGAUCCCUUGUUUUUGCAAUUCAAAAAAUUGCAGGCGAUACUUGAAUUGAUGAUAUAUAUAUAUAUAUAUAUAUAUAUAUUCAACAUCCUUGUAAAUAGUAAUUCUUUUUUUGUAUCACCCAAAUUUUGGCUUCUGUUGGCAUAAAAUGUGAUCCGAACAUUGCUGGAAAUUUUGUUGGUGAAAUUUAUGCACAUGCAGAAGCUGAGGCAGAAGCUAUCAACGAUUUGGGACUCUCCUUUUGUUGAAGUAAAAAGCUGUUCAGUAGUUUGCUUAUUCUUUAAAUUGCGUGCAAAAAUUCCCAAAAUGUCUGUU